AUGUCUUACAUCCAAACACAAGACCUCGAAGCGGGUGUAGUAGCAACAGCCCGAAAUACUCGAAUUGAAGUUGGUAUUGGUGAACCACGUCGAACGGGCAUUACGGCAUGGGUACGAAAAACUUAUCUGGCAAAAUAUAAUUUUUGUGCUAAAAAUCGAAAUCACUUUCUCUGUGACGAAGGUAAAAAGAAAAUGAUGCGUGGUGGUCAUUUGUUAUUGUAUCGGCCAGUUAUUCUUGUUUUGGCUAUUGCUUCAAUUGUUUCAUGUAUUUUAAGUCGAAAUACAAAAGGAUAUGUAGCCGUUACAAUUAUUAUAAGUUUGAUUUAUUUGCUCCUAUCCAUCUAUAAUCUGUAUAUUGGUGGUAAAAAUGGCUCAUUAUUGGAUUCCAUUCAUAUGCUUAGAGUACGAAGUCGUGAUUUGCCUGGGUCCAUAAAUGAAUUUUUUAAGAUUCCAAUACAUGGUCGUAUUCAAGAUCAACGAUUAGUGGGCAUAGUUAAUGAGCAUAAUACUAUUAUUGCACAAUUACAGGCUGAAAGUACACAUUCAAGUGAAAUAGAUAUUAUGGUUUAUGAAAAAGCUUAUGAAUUAUAUUUAAAUUAUAAAAUGGAAUGUAUUUUUCAUCUUAUUCUUUUUUUAAUUUUAUUGAUAACGGGGAUUGCCCUAGCUUCAGAUUGA